AUGGCGUGGCAGCGGGAGGCGCGGCCUGCGGCGGCGGUCGGCGCAUGCGGGGGCGCGGCUGCGAGGAGGUGCUCGGCCGGCCGCGGGCCGUUGCCUCACCAGCCGCACCACCCCCGGGCCCCGGCCAGCCCUCCAUCUGAGGCGCCAUGGGCUCGUCCCACCACCCCCGCCACCAUCCAAGCGCAAGGCGCGGGGAACUACCCCCGCCAGGACACGCGGCCUUUGGCCGAGCUUCCGGGCGCCGCCUGCAGAGCUCGCUUUGGACCUUCCCGCUGCUACAGGGAGGCGCAGUCUGUUGACGAGUGUUGGUGGGAGAUAGGAGAUGAGCACCACGAGCUUGGUCCCUUCCAGCAGUCAUGCAAAAGCACCUUUAGAAGUAAUUGUGUGUCCUUCCAUGCUGCUCAAGACAUUGGCAGCAUGGACUGCCAAAAGUAUGGAGCGCCCUGUGUUGUAGGUGGGCAGAGGAAAGGAUAGAUUUUCCACGCUUUCAUACUUGGAAAGAGGCUGCUGAAG